AUGGACAUACACGCUGUUGCUGAUAACGCGAUUGCUCAGCAGGCGAAACAAGGGCUGCCCAUCAUUCUUCCCUGGGGUCGCCAAUGCAUUCGCCUCGGGUCUACUUAUCACUCGAGGUUGCAGGGAACAGCAAAUCCGUGGUCGGACGAGACGCCCUUUGUACUGUCCGAUCUGCACAUAAUACCAAAGGAGCUACAUGCAGAGUUCGGAACUACCAGUACCUUCAAGAAGGUGAAGACAACCCGAGAGAGUGAAACGGGUGAUCACCUCUCCCUGGGAUUCGGCAUUGGGGUUGGGCUGCCAUUCUUGGCUUCUGUCAGCGUCAAGGGCACAUUCGACCAACAUAUACAGGAAAACAAAGACUCAGACAAAAUAUCGUUGAACGCUUCCUGUCGAGCCGGAACAAUCGAAUUCCAGAGGCAGCCACGCUUGACAAAAGAAGCAAUUAUAGAGAUCAAGUACGGCGGGGGCUAUGAGGGGCUCUGUGAAAGGUACGGCGACUAUUACGUCUCCGGAUACCGACUGGGGGGCGACACGGGAAUCUUGAUGAGCGCUUCCGGGCAUCGGCGAGAGCAGAUUGACAAGUAUGGCGUUACCGCUACUGUCGAGGUUCUAUUUGUGGAAGUGAGCAAGACUUGGGAGAAGGACUUCAGGACCUUCAGUUCCGGCCGCCAAGUGAGACUGCUAGGAUACGAUACUCUCGAUGCGAGAUCGUGGAACAGAUUCCGCGCAGCUGGAGACGAUGUCAAGGAGAUGAUGGCCUGGGCUGCCAAGGCGCCCGUGGGAGAAGCUCCAAGGGAUAAGAAGACAGAUAUCAAGAGUAAACUCUGCCAAGCCAUGGAGGAGGAGAAACAGAUGGACAUGCUGCGUGGUGAGACGGGGGAAGACUCGCUACGGGCAGACACCAAUGCCAUUAUGACGAGGUCUGAAAGCUUGCUUGAACGCAUAUACGAGGUUCUUGACAAGCAUGGAGACCAUCCCCGUUCCCUUCUGCGACCUUUUAGUCGAUUCUCGCAGCGUGAUUUGCACCGAGCUCAUGGUGAUGUGUCCCGAUUGUGGCCAGCGACUGAAUGUCUUGAAACCGUGCAGAAUCCAGAUCUUGGCCGUAUUCGACAAACAAGCUGCCUCCUUUCCUUCUGCCUUCCAGACCCUUUGGGAACGCCGACUCUAACUGAGAUAGCCUAUAACGUCAAGGUGCUGGAGAAGAGCCGGGGCAAGAGCCGGGUGCCCGGGGUCAACCGCUGGGAGAAGACCCGCGCCAAGAUCCGUACCGAAUACUCCAAUGAACCCAGGCCUGCCGAGGCUGCGGUUGAGAAGCUCGAUCAGUGUCUUAGUGAUGUUAGGGACGCUAUCUUGGAAGCUGGUAAAGCUAUGACCAGGGAUGCCGACUAUAAGCUUCCAAGUUCCAGGCUCCUCACCCUUGACGCUGCGGGAUACGUCCCUUGGAGAAACGUCGUGUUUGAGGAUGAAGCACAACUCUGA